AUGACAUUGUCUAGUCAGUGGAAAAUUCUCAACAAAGAGUUGAGGAAAUGGAGAGAUGCCCUCACUAAAGCGAUGGAUAACCAAAGAAGCGGGGAAAAUCUAAGCGAUGAGAUUGUGCAAGCUCAAAUGUGGUUUUGUGCUACUGGACAAGGGAAAAAAACUUUCAACCAUACCCAAUGUUGGGAGGUGGUGAAGCAUUGUAAGAGAUUUAUCAUUAUUUCAACAGCUCGAACGGUGGUGUUAAAUGAGACGUCACUCCAUGAUUCACAAGCUUCAGAUUUGCCUAUGGAAUCCCCUGUGAGUGAAGACUCACCCAUUGAAAAGGCGCCAAGACCUAUUGGGAGGAAGGCGGCGAAGGCAAAGAGAGGAAAUAAUUCUACUAGUAAUGCCUCUAAAAUUUUGGAGGAAAUUGCAAGGCAAAACGCCAUGAGACUUGAAUUAGACAGGAAAGCCCAAGAAGAUGAAAGGGCAAUCCGAAUAGAAUAUGCUAAAGAAAGGGAGUAUGUACGCAAAGAAAGGGAGUAUCAACGCAAAGAAAACGAAGACAAGAAGGAUCGGGAACCCAUGGCCAUGGAUACAAGCCAUAUGUCUCCUGAAACAAAACAAUUUUGGAAGCUUGAACGAAAGGCUAUUAUGAGACGAAGACUUUUUCAUGAUGAUGGACCUAGCAAUACGGAUUGGUUAAAUGAUGAAAACCCUUAA